AAUCCACAUCAACUCAACCACUUAACCACCCAACAACAAGAACAAACACAAUCAUGGACAGAGCCAAGCAAGCCGUUUCUAGCUUCAUCUCCAAGGAUGGUCACCACAAGACCAGCGUCGACGAAGAUGUCAACAGGGCCGUUACCGAAGAGCAGGUCCGCCCUCACCGUCACGAGGAGGUGACUACAGCCGUCGACAAGGAUGUUCACCAAGAUCAUCACCACACUACCAUUCAACCUGUUCAGCACCAGGAAACUCUCCCCGAGAAGCACCACCACAACGUCGUUCCCGUCGCACACAAGACCUUCGAUCACGGAAACGAGAGAGAGACCAAGGAUACUCUUGACCGCGAACACGCCAAGUUCAGAGAUACAUCCACGACCCACGAGACAACUCACACUUCUACCACUGCCCCCGUCGCCACCGGCGAGAGAAUGCACCACCACAUUCACGAGCACAUCCAGCCCGUUAUUCACAAGGAAACCAUUCAGCCUCACGUUGUCCACACCACCAUUCCCAUUCACGAGACACACCACGCGAAGCCCAUUCACCACGAGGCUACCACUCUUCCCGUGAAGACUCUUGAAGAGUUCACCAGAGAGAAGGGCAACCUUACCGACGGCCCCCGUCACAACCGCUACGACGAGUUCGAGGGUUGCCCCGACAAGUACCACAAGGACCUCGGAAACACCCACCAGUCAGGCAUUGGCCAUAGCCAUGAGCACAACCACGGUGCCGGAAAGGCAGCCGUCGGCACUGCUGCCGCUGGCGGUGCUGCAGUUGCCGCCCACAAGCACCACGAGCACAAGAACGAGCAUGAUCGUGGCGUUGACAGCCAUCACUACUCCGGUCCUGGAAAGGGCACUGCCGCCGGUACCGCUGCCGCAGGAGGAGCAACCCUGGCUGCCCACAAGCACCACAACAACGAGACUGGCACUCACGGUGUAAACGACCGCGGCCUCGGCCACACUGGUCUUGAGAGCCAGCACGCUGACCAGCACAACACUCACUCCGGGUCCGGCAAGGUUGCUACCGCUGCUGCCGGUGCUGCCGCUGCGGGUGCUGCCACUCACCAGGGCCACAACAGCAACACCACCCACAACACUACCGGUACUCACAACCCUCUCGGAUCCCACAGCAAUACUGGCACGCACGACACCGACAGCCUGACUGCGGCCCAGACUGCCAACAUUCGUGCCAAUAACACGAGUGGAACUGGCCUGUCUCACAACCAGACUACUGGCCGUGAUAACAUCGCCCACAACCAAACUGUAGGUGACAAGUCCACCAGCACUGCUCAGGGUAUUAUGCACGGCACUCACCCUACCGGAUCCCAGACCUCUGGCAGCAACUACAUGACUUCCGGAACCCCUACUACUGCAACCCACAGCAGCUCAGGCCUGAACACGUCUGAGCCUCGCUUCGGUUCUACUAGCACCAGCACCAGCCAAAGCGGUGCCGGCAAGGCUUCGACCACCGACCAUGCUACCCACGACACUACCGGCAAGAAGAUUUCGCUUGUUGACAAGCUGAACCCUUUCAAGGAUGCUGAUGGUGAUGGACACAAGGGCAUCAUGAGCUAAAUGCAUAAUGACGAUACGGAGCGUUUCUUUGAGUUAGGGUAGUUAUGAAUUAAUGGGCUUGAUCUGUAAUAAUACAUUGGUAGUUUACACUGAAUAUCUCUUAGAUGCCUACGUCAGGCGCUGUCAUCUGGUGUUCUUGUUCUCUCUUGUCCCAAUCCCAAUUCUUUGCGCCUCUGCUCCAUUUUUUGAACACUGACCUUUGUCAGUUUGACGAUGCGUCCUCUGGUGACCUUUUUCAGCAUAAACUGAAUCUUUGGGCCAGGGUUACAUCGACUAG